GCUGGGCACAGCCUGCUGCUGGGCACUCAGGGGAGAGGCAGAUAGAGGAGAAGGUAUCGAGAUCCUCCCUCUGCUUAACUGGUGACAUCUUGGGGGUCCAUCCACUUCUCCUUUCUGGGCCUUUCCCCUCAGGCUGGGCCUGUUCGCUUUCCUGGUCCCAUUCCCCAACAGGACUUCGAUACCCAGUGAGCGUCCUGGGAAGAGCCCCAGGACACAACCCAGAUCACAAGAUGAAGACGGUAUCAAUACACAGCCUCUCAGAGCUAGAGCGUCUGAAGCUGCAAGAGACUGCUUACCAAGAACUCUUGGCCAGGCAUUUCCUCUCAGAAUUAAAACCUAAACGAGCUCUAACCACUGACAGUCCAGACACCUCGGAGAACUGUUUUCUGGUCUUAAGAGGACAAGACGAGGCCGUGUCAUCAUUCAAGACAUUUGGUAUUCGCCUGGAAGAGGUGCUGGUGAACGAGUUUAACCGCCGCAAGUAUCUUGAACUAAAAGCAGAAGAGAUGCAGGUUGAAGAAGCUACCGGUCAGGCUGCCGGCCGUCGUCGGGGAAACAUACUGCAAAGGCUGUUUGCUCGCAUCCGGCGCUUUUUCAGUCGCCCUAGGAAUGAGCCUACUCUGCCCCGGGAGUUCACCCGCCGUGGACGUCGAGGUGCCAUAUCUGUGGAUAGCUUGGCUGAGCUGGAGGACGGGGCCCUGCUGCUGCAGACCCUGCAACUGUCAAAGGUUUCAUUUCCUAUUGGUCAGAGGCUUUUGGGAUCUAAGAAGAAGAUGAGCCUCAAUCCCAUUGCGCAACAAAUCCCCCAGGUUGUUGAAGCUUGCUGCAAGUUCAUUGAAGAACAUGGUUUAAGUGCUGUGGGGAUUUUCACUAUUGAACACUCUGCACAGAAAGUGCGUCAGCUCCGUGAAGAAUUUGAUCGAGGUGUGGAUGUAGUGCUGGAUGAAAGUCAGAAUGUGCACGACGUGGCUGAGCUCCUUAAGGAGUUUUUCCGUGACAUGAAGGAUUCUCUGCUGCCAGAUGAUCUGUACAUGUCUUUCCUCCUGACAGCAACUCUGAAGCCCCAGGAUCAGCUUUCUGCCCUGCAGUUGCUGGUCUACCUGAUGCCACCCUGCCACAGUGACACCCUGGAGCGUCUGCUGAAGGCCCUGCAUAAAGUCACUGAGUACUGCGAGGACUCCAUUGGCCCUGAUGGACAGUUGGUUCCAGGCAACCGCAUGACUUCCACCAACUUGGCCCUGGUAUUUGGAUCCACUCUCCUUAAGAAGGCAAAGUUUGGCAAGAGAGUGUCCAGGAAGACAAAACUGGGAAUUGACCGCUAUGUUGCUUCUGUCAAUGUGGUCCGUGCCAUGAUCGAUAACUGGGAUGUCCUCUUCCAGGUGCCUCCCCAUAUUCAGAGGCAGGUUGCUAAGCGUGUGUGGAAAUCCAGUCCCGAGGCUCUUGAUUUUAUCCGACGCAGGAAUCUGAGGAAGAUGCAGAGUGCACGCAUCAAGAUGGAAGAGGAUGCUCUCCUUUCUGAUCCAGUGGAAACCUCUGCUGAGCCCCAAGCUGCUGUACUUGGUCAAAGCGGGGCCUUUGAUGAAGACCCUGAAGGAGCUCCAGAUAUGGAAGAAAUGUUGAACCCUGAUGAAAACCUGGAUGACUUUGAAGAAGGACUAGAUUUUGAAGACCACCAGAAUGUUAACCUUGCAGAAGUUCCUUAUCUUGAUGUAGUCCCAAACAAUGAGAACGUCUCCGAUACAGAUGAAAUUCCAGGUUCCUCUGAAGAGCCUGAUGUACCUUCCUUCACUGCCAGUUCCCAGGACAACGAGGAAGGAGUGGGUAACCUCCCCGUUCCGAAGCAAGAUGGCCCGUUGCUCCGUGUGCCCCGGGAGAAUGAGGCCAAAUCUGGCACUGGCUAUUUCCCCUAGAUGUUUUCCUUCUAUAAAUUUCCAGACAGGGGGAAAAGGGCAGGGGUAGACUUGGAAUGUCACAGGAAACAUUUAACAGAAACUAAAUGAUACACAUUUGAAGGUAAGAAGGAGUUCCCCCUGAUGCUCGGGUCAGGAUAGGAAUUCCAAACACACUGCCAGCCCAUUCACUGGGGAUGCCUGGUCUCUUCAGCUGGUACAAAGAGCUAUUUCUGUGUCAUGUCUGGGCACCCUGGUGCUACCUUGCAAUCUCUUUUACCCCUGAUCUUGGCUUUCUUUCACUGCAGUCCUAUCUUAUUUAAUUGAUGUCGCUUUUGUGGUGAACACCUCUCCCGGAGAAGCUCACAAAUCUCGAGGUGCUUUCCCUCCCCCAAAGUGGAUUGCAUGCUUUUCCUUACUUUCCUACCCUCCUCCUGAGAGUUUAAUUGGAAAGGCCCUCAAGAGGCAUGCUAGAACGUUAGGUCAGCCUACUGAUAGCUGACAAACAAUGCUAAACCAUGUCACACCAACUCAUAGCCCUGUCCCCGCAGGAGCUCUGCCGCCUCAGGAUUUUUUCCAAAUUGUUUAGACCAAUAGCUCGUCAAACAGCCACUCCCCAAAUUCUGUGAGGGUUUGCUCAGGUCAUGCAAACACGAAAACCUUGACUAUAAGUCUAACUAGCUUUCCUGAGGUUAAUCAAAAGUUAGAAGAAAAAAAAUUAGAUUUUUAGUACCUGGAUUUGUUUUAAACAGGGCUGGUGUUCACUCUAGUUGUUUG